GGCGGGCCCCGAGCGGCCGGCCCGCGAGCGGGAGAGAACGGCGCCCAAAGUGGUGGCGGACAUCUCUCGGUGGGCGGACGACCACCUGCGCCUCGUCCAGAACAUCAGCACCGUGAUGGCUGUGGCUGGAAUGAUGCUGUUUCUAAGAAGUAUUCGACUGACAUCAAAAUUUACAAGCUCUUCAGAUAUUCCAGUAGAAUUUAUAAAAAAGAAUGUUAAGCUACGUGGACGAUUACGCCGAAUCACUGAGAAUGGUUUAGAAAUUGAACAUAUUCCCAUCACUUUACCUGUUAUAUCAUCCUGGAAAAAAGAUCCAGGUGGUGCUUUGCUGGUUAAGCUGGCUGGGGUAGAACUCACCGAGGCUGGGAAGGGAUGGUUACAGAAAGAGCUAAAGCCUUCCCAGUCGCUGUGGUUCCAGCUGCUCGGAAAGGAGAAUUCAGCACUCUUUUGCUACCUGUUAGUGAACAGGGGUAGAUAUUUUACUGUGAAUCUAAACGAGGAAAUUUUGAGAAGAGGCCUUGGCAAAACUAUUCUUGUUAAAGGGCUAAAUCAUGAUUCUAAGAUCUAUUGGAAAAUUCACAGGAGAUUACUUAAAGCCGAAUUAACAGCUUUAAAAAAAGGAGAAGGAGUGUGGAAGGAAGAAUCUGAAAAGGAAAGUUAUUUGAAAAAAUUCAAAGACUCAUGGAGAGAAAAAUGGAAAAAAGAAAGUUAUUAUGACAAGUUUAGGAGGACUAAAGACAACGUGAUUAACUGCUCCUUGAUACUGAAGUUCAGAGAACUUAUGAGCCAUUUACACUUUUGGAAAAAAGAAUGAACUAUCUAAGAGGUUUACAGGUGACCUAUGCAGAAGACCAAAAUUUGUAAAUAUUUUUUGACAUUUUUCAUGGAAUUGAAAUGAAUUCUCCCAAGUGAUCAAAGCUGUCAUCUGUUGAUAUUUAGUGUUAAGAUGAUUAUGACAAUUGUUAUAUAGACUUAAAGAAAUUAUGAUUCAUGUAAUAUGCUUUUAGGAAUAUAAAAGUCCCAGGUUGAAGGGUGUAAAUACUAGAGUGCCAAUGCUUGAAGAUUUAACUUUUGGCUGUUUUAUUAUUUAUUUUUGUUUAAAGAGAAUGUCUGUUUUCUUUGCCUAUUAUCAGCUUUAAUUAUUUAUAAUAAAAGAAUAC